AUGACGCGUUCCCGGCUUCCUGGUUUUGCCAGAGCCAAACGGUGCAUGUGGAUCAUCAAAGAAAAAGGACAGUCAUGGAAUGGCGAAUACAGAGAUACUGUGCUUACUGGUGGAGUAUUUACUUUCCUCAAAGAUACUGAAAAUUUGUUAUCUGUUGAAGAAGUCACAUUUUUGCAUGAUAAGGCACCAUGUUUCAAGGCUCUUCGAAACAAUGAGGAGGAGGAGGAGGAGGAGGAGGACGAAGAAGAAAAAGACGAGGAGGAUAGGAAGAAAAAAGCCAAGAGGAGGAGGAGGGGGAGGAAGAAAAAGAAGAGGAGGAGAGGAAGAGAAAAGGCAAGAGUAGGAGGAGGAGGAGGAAGAAGAAAAAGACGAGGAGGAGAGGAAGAGAAAAGGCAAGAGGAGGAAAAGGGGAGGAAUAAAAAGACGAGGAGGAGAGGGAGAGAAAAACGAAGAGGACGUCUCUGCCAUGCCCUCUCUUCUUCUUCCUCCUCCUCCUCCUCCUCCUUUCGGAGACGGAGGCAAGAGGCUUUAGAGCUCCAUUUGACAUCCUCCACAGAAGCGCGUCCCUUGACCAAGGGAGCUGCUGUAUAG